AAAAAGCGAGAAGAGAUUGUGUGUGAGUGUUGUGUUGUCCGAUUGUUGGUCCAUCGUAUGUCGCGCCCACCCCUCACGAGCGUCUCCUCACACCACUUGUAUUCCCUGACCCAUCUCUCUCUCUCUCUCUUCACCACCUCCAUUCACCAAUCCUCACCCCCUUUCCCGAUCCCCAAUCCCACCGCCCUUUCACACCCACCAAUUUGAUUUCAUUUCAAUUUAUUCCCUAUGAAGCGUGAAUACCCAAAUCAGAAUUACGCUGAAACUUCCAGUUCAGCUACUAAAUCAAAGAUGAUGUGGGACGAGUUUCACCCACCCGACACCGGAGUUGACGAGUUACUAUUCGAUUUAGGCUACCAAGUCAAGUCUUCUGACAUGAACGACGUCGCGCAAAAGAUCGAACACCUUGAGGGCAUUCUCACAAACGACGUCGGUUUGUCCCAACUCGCCUCUGAUUCCGUUCACUACAACCCUUCCGAUCUUUCCUCCUGGCUUGAGUCCAUGAUUUCCGAACUUAACCCCAUCCUUCAACCACCUCUCACCAUCAAUAAUCCCUUCUCAAACGACAUCGUUCAGGCUCAACCACCUGCUGCUGUUAUAAACAAUAAUUCCUUCUUAAACGACGCCGUUCCGGUUCAGGUUCAGGUUCAACCACCUGUUGUUAAUAAUUCGUUUGUAAACGACGUCGUUGUACACAUCGACGAUCUGCAAGCCAUUCCUGGCAACGCUAUUUACCCUCCGCCGCCGGCUAAAAAACUUAAAACCUCAUCUCCGUCGUCCUCCGGCGGCGCGUCGUUUUCUAGCACCGGCGCGUCGAUCUCCGGCGGCGCGUGUACUUCAUUCAAUCGGAACCAGAAUCAAAACCAGAGUUCGAACAACAACCAGAACCGGACACAGAACCAGAUUGUUGUGGUGGAUUCACAGGAGAACGGGAUCCGGCUCGUACACACGCUGAUGGCAUGCGCCGAAGCCGUACAAAACGCCGAUCAAAAGCUCGCCGAAACCCUAGUAAGCCGAGCCGGUAUGUUAGCAGCUUCACAAGCCGGCGCGAUGCGAAAAGUGGCCUUAUACUUCACCGAAGCACUAGCUUGCAGAAUCUACAAACUAAACCCUAAAUCACCACACAAUUCACCAAUCCUUAAUAACAUUCUUCAAUCGCAUUUCUACGAAGCCUGUCCGUAUCUCAAAUUCGCUCAUUUCACCGCAAAUCAAGCCAUUCUUGAAGCUUUUUCAGGUAAAAGUAAGGUUCAUGUCAUUGAUUUCAGCAUCAAACAGGGAAUGCAAUGGCCUGCGUUGUUACAAGCUUUGGCUCUUAGACCGGGCGGUCCACCUAAAUUCCGGUUAACCGGUGUUGGACCGCCCGUUAAUAAUAACAAUAAUAUUGAUUAUUUACAAGAAGUUGGGUGUAACUUAGCUCAGUUAGCGGAUACGAUUCAUGUCGAGUUUGAAUACUCUCGGGUUAUUGCCGAGAGUUUAGCGGAUAUUGAACCGGGGAUGUUGGAUUUACGCGAUGAUGAAGUUGUGGCGGUUAAUUCGGUGUUUGAGAUGCAUCAGUUGUUGGCUCGAGCGGGUUCGGUUGAGAAGGUGUUGACCGCGUUGAAAGUGUUAAAUCCGGUUAUUGUAACGGUUGUGGAACAGGAGGCGAAUCAUAACGGGCCGGUUUUUCUAGAGCGGUUUACUGAGUCGUUGCAUUAUUAUUCGACGCUUUUCGACUCGCUUGAGAGUGGUGUGUUUGACUCGCUUGAAAGUGGUGCGAGCGAAGAGGAUAAGGCUAUGUCGGAGGUGUAUUUGGGGAAGCAGAUUUGUAAUGUGGUGGCGUGUGAAGGGGCGGAUCGGGUUGAGAGGCAUAUGACGUUGACUCAGUGGAAGAGUUUGUUUGACUCGGCUGGGUUUGAAUCGGUUCAUUUGGGUUCGAAUGCGUAUAAGCAAGCGAGUAUGUUGUUGGCGUUGUUUGCGGGUGGUGAUGGGUAUAGAGUGGAGGAAAAUAAUGGGUGUUUGAUGUUGGGUUGGCAUACUCGGCCACUCAUUACGACGUCGGCUUGGAGGAGUCGGUCGACUCGGUGAACUCAGUUGGGUUAACUCAGUAGGGUUAACUCGGUUGGGUUAACUCAGUGGGGUGUGGCUAGUUGCUGAGUUGGAAAACUGAAAGUGAGACUGAGACUGAGUGGGUGGAUGACACCUGGUUGGUGUCUUUGUUUAUCUAUUUACAAAAGUAAUUUUUUAAAAGUUUUUAUUUUAUUGGGAGUUGGGGGGUUAAAGUUGGAGUUUAGGUUAAUAUUGUGUGGGUGGAAUGGAAUAUUGUAAUUUUCUCAAGGGGGUGAAUGAAAAUAGGUCAAUGUGAAUUUUAUAAUUGCAUAAAGUCAAAGGUUGCAUCUUUAGUUUGAUCUAAAGUUCUUGAGCUUUGUAAACAAGUUGUCUAGUGACUAUUUUCUCCUUUCUAAGUUAUUGUGCUUUUGAUAA